GAUAAAAAAAUGUCCAUCACGUAAGAGAAAUAACCGGUCGUUUGUCGUUGCACAAUCGAUGGCGCACUAGGUCGUAACAUGAAAUUCCUGUAUAUCGUCGGACGUCACUCCGUUCUCCGCAUGUAAAUGAAGAGGCUCGUUCGCCGAUUGGCCGAUUAGGGAGUCGAACAACGCUCGUGAAAUAGUCGCGGAAUGGAUAUACUCAGGUCAGAAGACCUGUGGCACCACAUUAGCGUUGAAAGCGUCAGUUUAUCUUCGUUGCUGGUUGCAUGUCGACGAGAGAUAAAAGAUACUUUUGGAGCUAACAGCGUGUUCCGCGAACGUACCUUCGGUGUCUUCUCGUACCACGUAGUCCACACACGUGCACGUUCUUGUUCCUCCUGACGAUUAAUUCUCACCUCCGGUUCAAGCUGAAACCAAAAUGUUACGUCAAGUCAGUUGAGUCAUUCAGCAGCUGGCCCGUGAUAGUCAAAGCGUACAGGAACCUCACAGGUAUCAUGCACAAGGUAGCUACAGUUGCAGAGAAGGACUAUGGGACAGCCGAUGUAGCGCCGUUGCAGAAGGCUGCUUUAAAGGAGCGCUGUAUACUUGUGGACAAGCAGGACAGAGCUGUAGGUGAGGCCACCAAGCAAGCUUGUCAUGAGAUCGAUACGGAGGGAUGUGUACCGCUCCACAGGGCGUUCAGCGUCUUUCUGUUCAACAGUAAAGGGGACUUGUUACUCCAGAAACGGUCAAGCGUCAAGAUAACGUUCCCGGAUUACUAUACAAAUACGUGCUGCAGUCACCCAUUAGCGGAGAUUCCGAACGAAACGGAAGAGGAAAACGGUAUGGGUGUACGCAGAGCUGCGAUAAGAAGGCUCGGCUACGAGCUGGGCAUACCUAGCAACGAGCUCAAACCUUCUGACUUUACUUAUCUGACAAGAAUACGCUAUCAAGCGUCCAGUAACGGACGUUGGGGCGAACACGAGAUCGAUCACAUACUAUUUUUGCAACGGGAUAACAUCACCAUAAAGCCUAAUCCCGACGAAGUAGGUGAGAUUCGGUGGGUCUCGCGAUCGGAGAUCGACAAUUUUAUGAAGACCACGCCGUUGCUGACACCAUGGUUCCGUCUGAUUUACGAGUAUAAUCUGCCGUAUUGGUGGGACAAUUUGCAUAAUUUGUCUAAGGUGCAAGAUUUCAAAAGCAUACCCAUGUUGAAGGACUGAUCCAUACACGUGUACAGAUUUUGUACAGAUCAAAGAAAUCCGUUUAAAUGCGAAACGACCUUUGGAAUAUUGAUUUCCGUUGUUUGCAUUACUGAGAA